AUGAUUCGGUUGUUGUUUCCGAUUUGGAGUGGCAGGCAGAGAUUAGCCAAUCUCUUAAGAUAUUGCUCAAAAAACUCGUUGCUUGAUCAAGGGAUUCAGGUUCAUGCAGCUAGUUUGAGGAUGGGAUUUGAUUUUGACUUGAUGUUGAGCAAUGAUCUUAUAGAUAUGUAUUCAAAAUGUGGUGUAAUGGACACUGCUUCUCUUGUGUUCGACAGAAUGACUGAGAGAAAUGUGGUUUCUUGGACGGCGCUCAUGUGUGGCCAUUUACAAAAUGGUAAUGCCAAAGCAACAUUAUCACUCUUCUUUCAGAUGGCAUUUUCAUGUUUGAAACCAAAUGAGUACACUUUUUCCACGAAUUUCAAAGCUUGUGGGAUUUUGAAUGUUCCUGAGAUUGGAAUGAAGAUUCAUGGUAGGUGUGUAUUAACUGGCUUUGAAACUAUCCCUGUGGUGGGAAAUUCAAUAGUUGAUAUGUAUUCAAAAUGUGGAAGAAUCAACGAAGCAGUAAUGAUGUUUAAUGUUUUGCCAGUUAAGAAUCUAAUAAGUUGGAACACAAUGCUAGCAGGUUAUACACUUGCAGGCCAAGGUGAAAAAGCUUUACUUUGGUUCCAUAGAAUGCUAGAAAAUGGAGAGAUACCUGAUGAAUAUACAUUAACAACCGUGUUGAAAGCAUGUAGUCGUCUUGGGAAGAUUAGGGAAGGAUCAAUGAUUCAUGGUUUUUUGAUCACUAGUGGGUUUCCAUGUUCUGGAAAAGCAGCCAUUGCAGGUUCUCUUAUUGAUUUGUAUGUGAAAUGCGGGAACUUGGCUGGGGCUCAAAGGGUGUUUAAUCAGAUUGGAGAGAAGAAUGUAAUAUCUUGGAGUGCAUUAAUUCUGGGGUAUGCUCAAGAAGGGAAUUUGGCAGAAGCCAUUGAGUUGUUUAAGCAGCUUCAAAACAACAGCAAGCAAGUGGAUGGCUUCGUUCUAUCAAGUAUGAUGGGUGUAUUUGCUGAUUUUGCACUUGUGGAGCAAGGCAAGCAAAUGCAUGCGUAUGCUGUUAAGGUUCCUUCUGGUUCUGAGAUAUCAGUGUCCAAUUCAAUCGUUGAUAUGUAUCUGAAGUGUGGACUUCUAGAUGAGGCCGAAAGACUUUUCAACGAAAUGCCAGCAAGAAAUGUGGUUUCUUGGACAGUAAUGAUCACCGGGUAUGGAAAACAUGGCAUUGGCAAAGAGGCAAUUCGUUUAUUUGACCAAAUGCAGUCGAAUAAUAUCGAGCCUGAUGGGGUGACUUAUUUGGCUACACUAUCAGCAUGUAGUCAUUCAGGACUCACCAAGGAAGGUGAAGAAUAUUUCUCACAGUUAUGUCGUAAUCGAUGGGUUAAACCUGGGAUCGAGCAUUAUGCUUGCAUGGUUGAUCUUCUUGGUAGAGAUGGACGCUUGAAAGAAGCCAAAGACCUGAUAGAGAACAUGCCAUUAAAGCCAAAUGUAGGGAUAUGGCAAACGCUGCUGAGUGCAUGUAGGGUGCAUGGGAACUUGCAACUUGGGAAAGAAGUAGGCCAAAAUCUUUUGACAUUGGAUGGCGAAAACCCUGUCAACUAUGUGAUGAUUUCAAACAUUUACGCCGAGGCUGGAUACUGGAAGGAGUACGAGCAAGUAAGAGAAAUGGCAAAAGCAAAGGGGUUAAGGAAAGAGGCAGGGCGUAGUUGGGUGGAGAUUGACAAGGUGGUCCACUUUUUCUACGGCGGAGACGAUACUCACCCAAUGAUAGACAAGAUUCAUCGAGUGUUGAAGGAGAUGGAGAGAAGGAUGAAAGAAAGAAUGGGUUAUGUUCAUGGGGUGAAAUUUGCAUUGCGGGAUAUAGACGAAGAGUCGAAGGUGGAGAGCUUGAGGGUUCACAGUGAGAAGCUGGCAAUCGGAUUGGCACUUUGCCAUGGAGGGUGGGAUGAAGCAAGAGUGAUAAGGGUGUUCAAGAACUUGAGAAUUUGUGGGGAUUGUCAUGAUUUCAUAAAAUGCUUGUCGAAGAUUGUGAAGGUUGUUUUCGUGGUGAGAGAUGCUAACAGGUUUCAUCAGUUCAAGGAUGGCCUUUGUUCUUGCAGAGAUUAUUGGUAA